CGAGAAGCGCUUCAUUUGUCUCUUCUGUGUGGGACCCGCGCGAUUCAAACCCCCAAAGCAAUUAGCUCUGUUUAGAAAAAUAAAAAGGAGUUUCCAUUAUGCGAAUGCGAUAAACAGUGUUGAAGGAUCUGUGUGGGGGUUCGAGUUGGAACAACGGAAUCGAGAUCCGUGUGUUUGUUUGUGUUGCUUUCUUUACCAGUGAAGAGAAGCGAUGGGGUUGUGGGAAUCUUUUCUCAAUUGGCUUCGCAGCCUCUUUUUCAAGCAGGAAAUGGAAUUAUCUUUGAUUGGACUUCAGAAUGCUGGGAAGACUUCACUUGUAAAUGUUAUUGCUACGGGUGGGUAUAGCGAGGACAUGAUUCCUACUGUGGGAUUCAAUAUGAGGAAAGUAACUAAAGGCAAUGUUACAAUAAAGUUAUGGGAUCUUGGAGGGCAACCUAGGUUUCGCAGCAUGUGGGAACGCUACUGUCGUGCAGUUUCUGCUAUUGUUUAUGUUGUUGAUGCUGCCGAUGCAGAUAAUCUUAGCAUAUCAAGAAGUGAGCUUCAUGAUUUGCUGAGCAAACCAUCAUUGAGUGGCAUUCCUUUGUUGGUAUUGGGGAACAAGAUCGACAAACCAGGGGCUCUGUCUAAAGAAGCUUUGACUGACCAAAUGGAUCUGAAGUCAAUUACUGAUAGAGAAGUUUGCUGCUUCAUGAUUUCGUGCAAAAACUCGACUAACAUUGACUCUGUUAUCGAUUGGCUUGUAAAGCACUCCAAAUCAAAGAGCUAAGAGGUUUCUUAAUGUUUUGUACUCUACUGUAAUUUCAAUGAAAUAUAUCUGUAAGUUGCUGAAGGCGUCUGCAUGCCUAACUUUGUUGCAGAUGUUUUAUUCCUGCUCUCUUCUCAUUUGCUUCUUAAUGUAAUAUCAAGUCCAAUGGGGUAUCAAACCACAAGAUGAAAUGUCAAGGUUUGUUUUAUGAGUGAAUCAUAUUGUCAUUGUCAGCUUAGUUGCAUUUUUAUAAUACUUUGCAGAACUGCAGUUGUGAGAGGAAUUGGUUGUCUAUCUCUGUAAAUUAGAUUAGAUUUUUCUAAUGUUCAGCAUUGUGUGGGUCUUGUUAUUUCCUGGGUUGUGUCAGAUACAAAUAAAUUUGAGUGGAUUCUUUUUGUCA